AUGACUGCCUGCUGCUGUGACACCGCUAAGCUGAGUUCGGAAAGUUCUGAGAGUUCGGAAAGUUCUGAGAGUUCGGAAAGUUCUGAGAGUUCGGAAAGUUCUGAGAGUUCGGAAAGUUCUGAGAGUUCGGAAAGUUCUGAGAGUUCGGAAAGUUCUGAGAGUUCGGAAAGUUCGGAAAGUUCUGAGAGUUCGGAAAGUUCUGAGAGUUCGGAAAGUUCUGAGAGUUCGGAAAGUUCGGAAAGUUCUGAGAGUUCGGAAAGUUCUGAGAGUUCGGAAAGUUCUGAGAGUUCGGAAAGUUCUGAGAGUUCGGAAAGUUCGGAAAGUUCUGAGAGUUCGGAAAGUUCUGAGAGUUCGGAAAGUUCUGAGAGUUCGGAAAGUUCUGAGAGUUCGGAAAGUUCGGAAAGUUCUGAGAGUUCGGAAAGUUCUGAGAGUUCGGAAAGUUCGGAAAGUUCUGAGAGUUCGGAAAGUUCUGAGAGUUCGGAAAGUUCUGAGAGUUCGGAAAGUUCUGAGAGUUCGGAAAGUUCUGAGAGUUCGGAAAGUUCUGAGAGUUCGGAAAGUUCUGAGAGUUCUGACAUUUGA